AUGGGGGAUGAGAGUCAUCGCUUGGCAGCAUAUCGCUUCGUCGCCUACUCUGCCGUGACCUUUUCGGUGAUCGCGGUUGUUUCCAUUUGCAUUACAUUGCCGAUGGUCUACAACUACAUUCAUCAUGUGAAAAGAUCCAUGAAGACGGAAAUUCACUACUGCAAGGGAUCCGCUAAGAGUAUUUGGGGCGAAGUCACUCAUAUCAAAAACUUCCCCUCAUCCAACAGAACCACUCGACAAGUAGGAGGAGAAUGCGAUGACUGCUGUGCGCCAGGACCAGCAGGCCCUAUGGGAGCACCAGGGAAACCCGGACGUCCCGGCAUGCCGGGAGCACCGGGAAUGCCAGGAGCACCUGGACGUCCACCACAGAAACCAUGCGUGCCAGUUCAACCUCCACCAUGCCCACCAUGUCCUGGAGGUGAACCUGGACGGCCAGGACCUCAGGGACCACCAGGACCUCCUGGAGAACCUGGAAGUGCUGGUCGUGGAGCUGGAGCAGGAGUUCCAGGACCUCCUGGUCCCAAGGGACCACCAGGACCUGCAGGAAAACCAGGAGCACCCGGAAAUCCAGGAAUGCCCGGAGAAUCUGCUACUGGCGAGUCACUACCGGGACCACCAGGACCAGCUGGACCUCCUGGACCAGUCGGCCCACCAGGACCGAACGGAAUGCCUGGAAGUGGUGGAGGAGCGGGAAUUCCCGGACCGAAGGGACCACCCGGACCUCCUGGACCUCCUGGACCACCCGGAAACCCUGGCGCACCAGGUACACCAGGUCAAGCUGGUGCCGGCGGAGAGCGUGGAAUCUGUCCGAAAUAUUGUGCUCUCGAUGGUGGAAUCUUCUUCGAAGAUGGUACAAUGCGUCGUCGUUGA